AUGAGCGGCCGAUAUGUUGUUCCAUUGUGCACUCGUCUGUGUCAAGCUCAUAUUCACGGACGAAACGGAUUGAUAACACAAAGCUUUCGUCGUCGUCGUACCGAUGGCCAACGGCGCCGACACAACCAUCACGGUCCAAGACCACUGGCGACAUCGGCCGCUGUCGGAAUUGACCCAAACAUCCAGAAUUCAGACUCCAUUGAACAAACUGCGAAUGAUAAUUCGAAUGCUGGACCCAAGCUGAACUUCAGUGAUACAGAGAAUUCAUUCAAAACCAAGACGACAUUGGAAAUAUGUCGAGCGUUGGCGGUGUUGAAAAUGUGCUCUUACUCGUACUUUGUCGACAACAGUUUCAAGUUGAUGACAACAUCGCAGAAGAUCCUUGGUGAAUACAUAACCUUUCGCUUAUUAAAAUCUACUUUUUAUGGACAAUUUGUAGCGGGACAUGAUGUCCCAACAAUGGCAAUGUGUGUUGAGAGACUCAAGCUGGCUGGCAUUGCGCCGGAAAUAGCUAUUCCACUAGAAGAUGAUUUGGGAGGACCCGGGGCCAGCGACGAAUACAGGGAUAGUAGAUGUGCGGAGAAUAUCAAAGUGAUGGAAAAUUGUGUAGACCAAUCAUUACAAAUAUGUGAUAACUCUAAACCAAUUGUAAUGCAAGUACGAGUCAGCCCAUUGGUGCAGCCUGAAGUGUUGGUAAAAAUUGGUGAGUUAAUUGUGAAGAAUGGAUAUACCUAUGCUGACGGAGGACCAAUAAGUAUUCAGAAUUUUGCUAAAGGACUAAAUCAAGUCAAUGAUAAGAUAGAGAGAAUUUCUGAACUGACUGAUUCCGAAUUUAAACAUCUCAAUAACACCUUAUAUCGUUUAGACAGACUGGCACGACAUGCUGUAUCUAACAAUACAAAGAUUCUAGUAGAUGCGGAAUAUACAUACCUCAAUCCAGCCAUGACACUGAUAACUCUAGCUUUGAUGUACAAAUACAACAAGACUGAGCCAUUCAUAUGGAACACAUAUCAAAAUUAUCUCAAGGAUUGGACAAAUUUUAUGUCUAUUAUGUAUAUUUUUCUUAUUUGCUGUGCAGCGCAUACCAACAUCAGCAGAGAUAUUGGAAUGUCUGAAAAGUUGGGGUUUACGUUUGGUGUAAAACUGGUUAGAGGAGCAUACAUUGAUAGGGAAAAAGAACGUUCCAAACAAAUGGGAUAUGAAGAUCCCAUCAACCCGGAUUAUGAAGCUACAAAUAAAAUGUAUAAUCAUAAUUUAGUUAUGUUAUUAAAAUUAAUCCAAAAACAUGGAAAACGAUACAAUAUGAUUAUAGCAUCCCACAAUGAAGAAAGUAUAAAUCUAGCUGUAAACAAAAUAAAUGAACUUGGUAUUGAUAAGACGGAUGGCACAGUUUGUUUUGGUCAGUUGUUAGGAAUGUGUGAUCAAGUAUCCUAUGCCUUAGGUCAGAAUGGUUAUUUAGCAUACAAGUCAUUGCCAGUAGGAACAGUAGAUGAAGUGAUGCCAUACCUAGCUAGAAGAGCGUCGGAAAAUCGUUCAAUCUUGGCUGGUGCUAAACGAGAAAGAAAACUAUUAUGGGGAGAACUGAAAAGGCGAAUGUUGAAGAUAUGA